AUGGGAUCAAUUAAACGUUUUAGAUUAAAACAAAGACUUGGAAAAUGCAGAAGGCAAAAUAGGCCUGUACCCCAUUGGUAUAGAUUAAAGAAAGAUACAAAAAUAAGAUAUAAUACAAAAAGAAGACACUGGAGAAGAACCAAAUUAGGAUUAUAA